CCACGGUCGAGGGGUAACGGAAUAGAACUACUCCCGCAAAGAAACGAUUUCAGACACAGCAAUUGAAUAUCUUCUUCACAGCUGGGCUGUGACUACCUCUAGCGAUGACUUCAGAUGGGAAGAUCUGCGUUGUCGCUGGAGGUAGCUGGUGUAAGAGCGAGAAGUGGGUUGUUUCCCAGGGCGGUUGUUUCGUCGAGGAUUCUCGGGCCGGAAAAAGUAAAAAAGGGACGACGAAAACAGCUGGGAAGAAGCAAACAGGUUCCGGCUGCCAGGGAGGAAGAGAUCUCGAGGAAGAGAUCAGAUCAGAUUUCUUCAAGACGAGAGGGGAGGCAGAGUUGGAGAAAUGAAGUCCGUCAAAGGGGAGAGAGCGACUUUGAGGGGGUCAGGGAGGGACCAGAGCGACAAGCCGUGGUCCGGGUUAAGCGAACUGGAAUUUCGGGGGGGGGGAGGGCGACGAGAGAUGAGAGAGAGAGAAAGAGAGAGAGAGAGGUGGAGGGAAAAGACAACCACCACUUUCAGGACAAAGCAAUUCAAGGAUGUACCUGAAGUGAUUGCCAGCUAUAUUCGCCUUUGUUCCUU